UUUUUUUUAAUCUUUUCUCUCUCUUUUUCGUAGUAGUAAUAAAAGGCCAACAAAGGGUAGCAAGUAAACCAACAUAAGCUAAAGAAGCUAAGAAGCAAAAACACACCCAAAAAAAAAAAGGCUGCUCCACACUAAGGAGGAAAACUGUGCGAAAAGAGAGAAACCGAAGCUAUUUGUCUGUUCUUUCUUUCUUCUUCUUCUUUUUCAAAAUGGAUGGUGUUUUACAGUGGUUGAAGCUGGUUGCUGUAUCAUUCAUGGUGUUAGUUUUGGUGUUAAAAGUGAUAGUGUUGCUUUGGUGGAGACCAAAAAGGAUUGAAGAUCAUUUCUCAAGACAAGGGAUUAGAGGACCUCCUUACCAUUUCUUCAUUGGAAAUGUUAAGGAGCUUGUUGGGAUGAUGUUAAAGGCUUCUUCUCAACCUAUGCCUUUUUCCCACAAUAUCCUCCCUAGAGUCCUUUCUUUCUACCAUCAUUGGAAGAAAAUCUAUGGUGCAACAUUUCUGGUUUGGUUUGGCCCGACGGUUCGGCUCACGGUGGCCGACCCUGAUCUGAUAAGGGAAAUCUUCACUUCCAAAUCCGAAUUCUAUGAAAAGAAUGAAGCUCACCCUCUAAUUAGACAGCUUGAAGGUGAUGGUCUCCUUAGUCUCAAAGGCGAAAAAUGGGCUCAUCAUAGAAAAAUCAUAACCCCCACUUUCCAUAUGGAGAAUCUCAAAUUGCUAGUGCCAUUGGUUGCACAAAGAGUAACCCAUAUGCUCGACAAAUGGUCGGCAAUGUCGACCAACACCGGCGAGAUUGAAAUCGAAGUCUGCGAAUGGUUUCAGACCCUUACCGAAGAUGUCAUUACUCGUACGGCGUUUGGGACCAGUUAUGAAGAUGGAAAAGCCAUUUUCCGACUACAAGCCCAACAAAUGGUGCUUGCAGCCGAGGCAUUUCAAAAGGUUUUCAUCCCUGGUUAUAGGUUUUUGCCGACCAAGAGGAACAUAAGGUUUUGGAAAUUGGAUAGGGAUAUCAAAAAGUCGUUGAUGAAGUUAAUCGAUGGACGGAAAAACAAGUUGGGGAACACAGUGCAAGAGAAAGGACCUAAGGACUUGCUGGGAUUAAUGAUGCAGGCCUCAAAUUCCAGUCCAAAUGUCACAGUCCAUGACAUAAUUGAAGAGUGUAAGAGCUUUUUCUUUGCCGGCAAACAGACCACAUCCAAUUUGUUGACGUGGACGACUGUUCUUCUAGCAAUGCACCCACACUGGCAGGUGCUCGCACGUGAGGAGGUGCUUAAGGUGUGUGGAUCACGUGACAUACCUUCCAAAGAUGAUGUUGUAAAGCUUAAGACGCUCACUAUGAUAUUAAAUGAAUCUUUACGAUUAUAUCCACCAACAAUAGCAACAAUCAGACGAGCCAAAAUUGAUGCAGAGUUAGGAGGUUACAGGAUUCUUCGUGAUACCGAACUUUUGAUACCGAUUUUAGCCGUUCAUCAUGAUCAAGCCAUAUGGGGCAACGAUGCUAAUGAGUUCAACCCGGCUCGGUUCUCCGAAGGUGUGGCACGUGCAGCAAAACAUCCCGUGGGGUUCAUCCCGUUUGGGCUUGGGGUCCGCACGUGUAUCGGGCAAAACCUAGCCAUUUUACAAGCCAAGUUAACACUUUCUAUCAUACUUCAACGCUUCUCCUUUAGGUUGGCCCCAACUUAUCAACAUGCACCGACGGUUCUGAUGCUACUUUACCCACAAUAUGGAGCACCAAUCAUCUUUCAACCUCUGCCAGAAUCCACUGUUCCAAGAGAUCAAGGGUCAUGAGUUAAUCCUAUAUCGUAUAUGUGCUUAUCUCUUGUGUGUGCCUGCGCGUAUGCUAGUAACUUGAGUGACCCCCCAAAAAAAAGAAAAAAAAAUACCCAUCUCCGUUGUUGCCUUUAAAGCAUAGAAAAAUUAGAGAUAUUUUGCAACGAAAAAAAAAAGUGCCACUAAAAGUCUUGUCAAAUCCUUUUGGCAUUUGCUACAAUUGACCCUCUCCCUCCCCCUCAAAUUCCAUGGUUAUGGUUUUGGAUGCUCGAUAUCAGUUCCUUUAGGAUUUUGGGAAAAUGGCUAACAAAGUAGAUAGUUUUUCUUCAUAUCCCUUGGUCUUCCCAAUACGUAUGUAUGUAAUAUAUAUUUGCAACACAGUUUUGUAAUGUUAUGCAAUUCAUGAAAUUGUUCUUUUUUUAUGAUUAAAA